CUGGGUUCUUGGUCGUGUGUGUUGAAGUGUAAAGUGCAUUUGAACUACCUGACGGACAUCCGCUCCUCGCACCAUGCGCCCUUUGACAGACGAAGAGAUGAAGACGGUCUUUGAGAAGAUCAGUAAAUACAUUGGCCGCAACGUCCAGCAUUUGGUCGUGCGCCCGGAUGAAAAGUUCUGUUUCCGUCUCCACGGCGACAUCGUGUACUACGUGAGCGAGAAGCUCAUGCGCCAGGCGACCAACAUCGGCACAGAACAGCUGCUGUCGCUUGGCACAGCCGUGGGCAAACUCACCAAGUCCAAGAAGUUUCACCUGCGCAUUACGUUCCUCGACCACUUGGCCCAAUAUGCCAAGUACAAAGUGUGGAUCAAGCCCAACUCGGAGAUGUCAUUCCUAUAUGGCAACAACGUGGUCAAGUCUGGCCUUGGGCGCAUCACGGAAGGCACGCCGCAGUACGCCGGCGUCGUCGUGUAUUCGAUGAACGACGUGCCGCUGGGCUUUGGUGUGGCCGCGCAAGCUACGGAGCUGUGCAAAGACUUGGCUCCCACGGACUACGUCGUGCUGCACCAAGCCGACAUUGGCGAAUACCUCCGUGUGGAAGAUGAAAUGUUUUAACUUAUAUAUACCCCUCGCCAUCAUGUGACA